GGGCGCCGGCGGCGGCGCGGGGACGAGCGUGGGGGGUAGGGCGAGUCAUAUGACCCGCUCGGCUUCCUGGCUCCGGCCGCCGCCGCCCGCCAGUGUCCGCCUGUGUCGCGCCGGGGCCCCGAGGAGCCGUUGGGGGGGGGUCCGGGCCGAGGCCCUCUCGUGUGGAGGUCGCCGCCGCCGCCGCUGCCCGCCCGCUCGCCCGUCCGUCUGUCCUCCUUCCCGGCCGCCAUCAUGCUGGCGCUCAUCUCCCGCCUGCUGGACUGGUUCCGCUCUCUCUUCUGGAAGGAGGAGAUGGAGCUGACGCUCGUGGGGCUGCAGUACUCGGGCAAGACCACCUUCGUCAAUGUCAUCGCGUCAGGUCAGUUCAGUGAAGAUAUGAUACCCACAGUGGGCUUCAACAUGAGAAAAGUAACUAAAGGUAACGUCACAAUAAAGAUUUGGGACAUAGGAGGACAACCCCGCUUCCGGAGCAUGUGGGAACGGUACUGCAGAGGAGUCAACGCUAUUGUUUACAUGAUAGAUGCUGCAGAUCGUGAAAAGAUAGAAGCCUCUCGAAAUGAACUACAUAAUCUUCUAGAUAAACCGCAGUUACAAGGAAUUCCAGUGCUAGUACUUGGAAACAAGAGAGAUCUUCCUAAUGCCUUGGAUGAGAAACAGCUAAUUGAAAAAAUGAAUCUGUCUGCUAUUCAGGAUAGAGAAAUUUGCUGCUAUUCAAUUUCUUGCAAAGAAAAGGAUAAUAUAGAUAUCACACUUCAGUGGCUUAUUCAACAUUCAAAAUCUAGAAGAAGCUGAAGCAUCUCCUGAAGUCUUCCAGUCCUUCCUGGCUCUAAUCCUAGAAUUAUUGUCCGUUCCUCUGAAGUACUUCCCAGAAUACGGUCCUUCCUAAACCCAAGAAAUUGCCUUUUUCAGAGUUUAUUUCUCAUGUGCACUGCUGAAGAUGUAUAUCCCUGAUCCUUCAUAAAGAAUCAGCUAGAGUUGUCAUGAUAAAGUCAACACACACAAAAAGACUUCCUAUACAUACUUGUCUUUAACAGUGUGUAGAGCUUUUUUUUUUUUUUUUAAACAAACAAACACACUUUUGACCAUCCUAAAUCGAGAAAAAUUGCAUACUUCUGUUCUGGUCUUUCUGGGCCAGGUUUUUCUAUAUGUUUUCAGUAAAUGUGUAUCUGAUAUUUCAUUAUAGAGUCCAGUAGCUUAAUACUGAUAUUGACUUGAUACAGCAUGACGUUUCUAGUGCCACACACAGUAUUUAGCAAACCUUUAGCUUGACUCAUGUGGGAUAGAAACAUAAUGUUUAUAUAUCUCACAAAUGCAUGUGAAAUAUAUAAUUACACCUUAGGAAUUUUUAAAAAUGGUCUGCAAAGAGUGAGCAGAGGCACCAGAUCAAUGUUGUUAUUGGUUCUUUACACUGGGAAGAUCUUAGGCAAUGAAUUUUAAACACAUUCUGCUCUGUGAGAGUUCUUCAUCUCCAGAAAGCAGUUGGGGGUACGGGAGGAACUGAGGCAUGCUGUUUUGUAUCUGUCCAGAUCAUUACUUCUGUAUUUUUUCUCCUUUAUUUUCUCCUGGUUCAACACACUUUUUUAAGGGGUUGGGAAUUGAAGAUUUUCUCAAAAGCUUUCAUGAAUUUAGAGCAUUCCAGCCAAUAUAAUAAAACGUGUUAAGAAUGUCAGACUGUUCACACACCUGUUUGUUCUUUCUCUGUCCAGUUAUUAAACCAGUGUUGCUGCAUGACACUCUAACUCUUGACUUUUUAUAUUCAGUCAUAAAGUUGACUUUCAGCACAAUAGAUACUUAGAGAUAAAUAAAAAGUCUUAUUUUUCUCUCUUACCGAUACAAGCUUUGGCACUGUUCUCUCCGGUGCCGUUGGACAUCCUGACUGUUGUGACAACUCUAGACCUGCCUGCUUUCUCUGAUGUAAUCAUGCCCAGUCCGCAGGUUGUUGAAUAAUCACAGAGAGAGCGGAGGAACCAGUGCUGUCUGUUGUUUGCUUCUGUGCUGCAGAGAUGUGUGCAGACUUCUGUGAACAUGUUUUGUAGCUUAGUGAUCUCCAUACACAUAAAGGGACAUAUGAAAACUGGAUCACUUGUGAAUCGUUACUUACAUAGCCAUCUGUAGUAGCUAAAAGUCUGUGGUACACCUGCUUAUGUGUUGCCUCACACUGUGUGUGAUUUUGUUUCUUUUGUUAAGCAGCACUCAUGUAGACAGUGCAUUUCCGAACGUGUUGAGCACUCAAAGUGCAGUCAGCGUCAGUUCUUUUAAUGAUACCAAGUUUUAAUUUAUAGACUGCCAUGGCCUUAAAAAUAUUCUGUACAAAACACUGCAUCGUGUUGCACAGACACUACUUGCUUUCCUCCACUCACGUUUUUAUGAGUAGAACCUCAACUUUUAAAAUUCUGUUCUUACUCUUUGAUGCAUGUUGCAUACUUCCCUGAUGGGAUGGAUGGUUCUGUAAACAAAGGGAUAUGUAAACUUGCUACUGUAUCUCAACACCAUUAAUGGUCACUGUGAACCAUUACCAAGAAUGUGGCAACUUGCUUGUGCCUAAAAGGAGGAACCAGAACUCGAAUGUGUAACUUUGCAGGGACCGCAUAGGUUCGUUUAAUUGACCUACAGCUGAACCGUAAUGUGUUUGUGUGUCUCUUCAUUGCUUCCAGCAUUUCAAGACAUCCAGACACUACUACCAACAUUUUCCUGUGCAUUAACUUCUGCAUGUGAAACCUAACAGUUACCGAACUUUGUAAAUACAUGAAUUUUUUUAAUUUAGGUGGAUGCAUUUUUUUGUCUGUUUACUGCUCUUCUCAGCUUUAUUCAAUAAACUUGCAUUUUGAGGGUUGUA